AUGAAAAUUAUUAUAUUUAAUACUCCUAAUGUUCCUAAUACUCCUGACUUAUUUCGUUUACAGAUUUACUUACCUCUUUACGAAACUAGUAAAGGGCCAGGAUGGAUUGAAUUGCUCGAAUCUGAAAAACUUUGGGAGGAUCACUUUCAACCGUUUCGAUGGAUGUCACGAGAUUAUGACUAUCAAAUAAAAGUAAAAGAUUUGUUGAAGGCAGUCGACACUCUUAAAUCUUCUGUAAAAAUCCCUGUUAUAGAUAUUUUACGACGUGUUACUGCCAGUUUUGCGCACUCGAGUUGUGCCAUAGAAGGGAAUACAUUGACAGUACAUGAUACACGAGCAAUUUGGGAGAAGUUGAAAAAGAACAACUUGGAUAUUUUGUUGGAAAAUCAAAAGCUUCUGCUUCCUGGACCAAGAUCUCUUUCUGAUAAACCAGAAAAUGAAGCAAUAGAAAUUCGAAACCACCUACUCUCAACUUAUUUGGUUAGUAAGUUUGCUGAGCUAGAAUGUGAGAUUAAUUUAGAUGAUAUAAAAGAUAUUCAUCAAGAUAGAAGUAUUAGCAAGUCACGCGCAUUUGACUGUUUAUCCAAAGUGCCUGCAUUAAUGAAAAGGUUUAUAGAAUUUCGCGAUGAGUCCAUUAAAAAUGAUAGUCUUCAUCCUCUUAUUAUUGCGUCUCGUAUAUUCUCAUCCUUUAAUCAUGUUCAUCCAUUUGCCGAUAGUAAUGGACGUGUUGCUCGUUCAGUUAUGGCAUAUUAUCUCAUCCGCAAUGGUUACCCACCUAUUGUUUUCUAG